AUGCACCACGCGGUGGCCGACGGGCUGUCAGUGUUGCAUUUUCUACGGGCAUGGUCUGCCGCGUCGCGGGAGGGAUCGACCACAGCGGCGGGGAUCGUGCCACCGACGUUUGACAAGACAAGGAUCCUGCAGCACCCCAAAGCAGAGACGUCGGCGCGGAUGUUCACCCGCCUCUCCGCGCCGGAUCUGCCCACGGUGAACAUGCUCCCGGAUCCGGACUGGACGCGGCAGAGCAGGAGGACCUACCUGCUCUCCGCCGGCCAAAUCCAGGCACUGAAGCGACGCAUCCUCGAGAGCCAAGCAGCCAAGAACGGCGACAACCAGCCGUCGCCGGAGCCCCCGACCACCUACGUUGCGCUCGCGGCGCUACUGUGGACAUCCAUUGCCAGGGCAGUGGACCGCCACGCCGAUGACGCCGACGAGAUGUACUUCCAGUUCCCCGCGGACUGCCGCCGCCGCCUGCGCCUCGAGCCCGGCUUCUUCGGUAACUGCAUCAAGGUCUGCUACGCACGUGCAACGGCUGGCGAAAUCUGCGGCAAUGACGGCGACCACGCGCUCGCAUCCGCAGCGGCGGCGGUCCGGAGGGCGAUCCGCGAGCAAAAGGAGGAGGAGGACCCGCUGGGCGACGCCGACCGGUGGGUGGAGAUCAACCGGGGCGUCCCGCAGGAGAGGGUCGCGAAGCAUUGGUCGAACGACCGGUUCAUGGCGUACGAGGUGGACUUCGGGUGGGGGCAGCCGAGCCGGGUGGAGGUCGUGUCCGUGUUCAGCCAAGAGAUGGCGACGCUUAUCGGAGCGCGGGACGGCGCGGUGCAGGUCUCCGUCGCGCUAGACCGGGAGUGCAUGGACGGCUUCGAGGCCACCUUCCUGUCGCAGGUUUCAGCAUCCAUGAUCGAGCACCAGAUGAAGUCUCGUAUGUGA